AUGCGCAACCGGUCCCCGUCCGACGCGACCCGAAGUAGCCACCGCAUCUCGGCCACCCCGCCCAUCUUUCCCAGUUACUUGCUACCCAGCUUCAAGUUUCCCUUUCUACGCCGCUUCUCCUCGUCCUCGCCCUCCGCCGCUACGACCACCGCCACCUCAGCCAGCACAACACCCCAGACCGGCCGUCUCGCGCGCCUCGCCCCCGACACGCUCCGCUGCACCGGCUGCUCCGCCGACCUGGCCCUGUCGUCGCAGAUUGUCUCCAAGGGCUUCACCGGCCGCUACGGCCGCGCCCUGCUCGUUGCGCCGCCACCAGCGGCCGACGACCAAGACAGCGCCCCCGCCGCGCUGCUCAAUAUUCGCCUCGGCCGCUUGGAAAACAGACAGCUCGUGACCGGCUGGCACGUUGUCGCGGACAUUUCGUGCGGCACGUGCGCGCGCAAGCUCGGCUGGAAAUACGUCGACGCCAAGGAGAAAUCGCAAAAGUACAAGGUCGGCAAGUACAUUCUCGAGACGGAGCGCGUCACGGCGUACCGCAGCUGGGGCGAAGACGGCGGCGGGCCGGACAGCAGCGUGGUCGUGGAUGGUACGGCGUAUGGGCAGCGGCGCCGUCCGAGCGCUCAUGAUGUCACGUUUGACUCGGAGGACGAGGACGAAUGCGACGACAUCUUUGCGGGGACGUGGGAUGCGCGCGCGGUGGCACAGCGAAGGGCCGAGAUGAUUGCCCUGGCUCGCCCUGAGGAGUGA